AUGAUGUCCUAUGGAGAGGGGUUAGGGGGCUUUCCUGUCUCCCCACUCCCAGUCUGCAGGGGGCACGUGAUGGGGGCAGCCUUUGCCUACGUGCCCAGCCCACAGGUCCUGCACAGGAUCCCAGGGACCUCUGCCUAUGCCUUCCCCAGCUUGGGUCCUGUGGCCCUCGCCGAGCACAGCUGCCCCUGUGGGGAGGUCCUGGAGCAUCAUGACCCACUGCCUGCCAAGCUGGUUCUGGAGGAGGAGCAGAAGCCAGUGCCCAGGCUGGCCCAGAAGCUGCACCAGGCUGGUGUGACACUGCUCAAGGUGCCGCUGAUGCUCUCCUUCCUCUACCUCUUUGUCUGCUCCCUGGACGUGCUCAGCUCGGCCUUCCAGCUGGCUGGAGGGAAGGUGGCUGGCGACAUCUUCAAGGACAACGUCAUCCUGUCCAACCCAGUGGCGGGACUGGUGGUGGGGAUUCUGGUGACCGUACUGGUGCAGAGCUCCAGCACUUCCACGUCCAUCAUUGUCAGCAUGGUCUCCUCAGGCUUGCUGGAAGUGAGCUCUGCCAUCCCCAUCAUCAUGGGUUCCAACAUUGGCACCUCUGUCACCAACACUAUUGUGGCCCUGAUGCAGGCGGGGGACAGGACUGACUUUCGGAGGGCCUUUGCGGGGGCCACGGUACACGACUGCUUUAACUGGCUGUCGGUUCUCAUCCUGCUGCCCCUGGAGGCUGCCACUGGCUACCUGCACCACAUCACUGGACUCGUCGUUGCCUCCUUCAACAUCCAUAGUGGCCGCGAUGCCCCAGACCUGCUCAAGAUCAUCACAGAGCCCUUCACGAAGCUCAUCAUCCAGCUGGACAAGUCUGUGAUCACCAGCAUUGCCACCGGCGAUGAGUCCCUGAGGAACCACAGUCUCAUCCGGAUCUGGUGCCAUCCAGACUCCAGGGAGGCUUCCACUUUCAUGUCCAGGACAGAGGCCAACACCAGCCAGACCCUUAGCAAUGUCACUGUGGAGAAAUGCAACCACAUCUUUGUGGACACGGGGCUGCCUGACCUGGCUGUGGGGCUUAUACUGCUGGCUGGCUCCCUGCUGAUCCUGUGCACCUGCCUCAUCCUCCUUGUCAAGAUGCUCAACUCCCUGCUCAAGGGCCAGGUGGCCAAGGUUGUCCAGAAGGUCAUCAACACUGACUUCCCAGCACCCUUCACCUGGGUCACAGGCUACUUUGCCAUGGUGGUGGGUGCCGGCAUGACCUUCGUGGUUCAGAGCAGCUCUGUGUUCACUUCGGCCAUCACCCCACUCAUUGGCCUGGGUGUGAUCAGCAUUGAGCGGGCCUACCCCCUCACCCUGGGCUCCAACAUCGGCACCACCACCACAGCCAUUCUAGCUGCACUGGCCAGCCCCAGGGCGAAGCUGAACAGUGCUUUCCAGAUUGCCCUCUGCCACUUCUUCUUCAACAUCUCGGGCAUCCUGCUGUGGUAUCCGGUGCCCUGCACGCGCCUGCCUAUCCGCAUGGCCAAGGCACUGGGCAAACGCACGGCCAAGUACCGCUGGUUCGCUGUCCUCUACCUCCUCGUGUGCUUCCUGCUGCUGCCCUCGCUGGUGUUCGGCAUCUCCAUGGCAGGCUGGCAGGCCAUGGUAGGUGUUGGCACACCUUUUGGAGCUCUGCUGGCCUUCAUUGUGCUCAUCAGCAUCCUGCAGAGUCGCAGCCCCAGGCGCCUGCCCAAGUGGCUGCAGACAUGGGAGUUCCUGCCCCGCUGGAUGCACUCCCUGCAGCCCCUAGACCGCCUCAUCACCCGCGCCACCUUGUGCUACACCCGGCCCGAGCCCCGCUCACCCCCGCUGCCUGCCAGGGUCUUCCUAGAGGAGUUGCCCCCCGCCAUGCCCUCCCCCCACCUCACAUUGCCUGCUCACCACAAUGCCACCCACCUCUAG